UCACUAGCCAGCAGUUCAUCAGUGCGUGCCGUCCUGCACGCUGCUGUCUCGCUAUCAUCGCGCCACCUCCCCACCACGGCCACGCCCAUGGACCUGCCUCUCACCACCGCUCUUCAUUCGCUGCUCCAAGCGCUCUCAGAGCCAAUCACAGGGCGCCAGGUGGCGUGCUCUCGUGCGUUUCUGCGUGCGCUCGCGCCCCACGACUCGCGCUUCAACUUCCACCACCAGCAGGACUGCAUGGAGGCGCUGGCCCUGCUGGCGGCCGCCCUGCUGCGCGACCUCGCCCCUCUGCACCGCCACCUGCGCCUCUCCUCCUCGCCCCUCCCUGGCCUCUGCGCCCUGGUGGGGGAUCAGCCCGCUGCUGCUGGGGGGAAGCGCGAGGGCGGUGAGAGGCGCUGGCGCGUGCAUGGCGUGUGGAAGGGGGUGGGGGGAGAGGCGUGGAGCAGUGGAGGAGAGAGACAAGGGGGAGGAGAGGGCGAAGAGGGAGGAGAGGGGCAAGGGGGAAGUGUGGGGAGAGGGCGAUGUGGGGUGGGGGAUGCAUGCAGGCAUGGUGGCACAUGCAAGGCGGGAUCAGAGCGCGGUGUGCAGCAGGCAGAUACAGCAGGGACGAAGGGUGUGAUGGUAGGCAUGGGGCACGGCAGGCAACACUGUCGCAGCAGCUCGCCUGGCAGCGCAGCAGUGCAGCAGGGCGCAGCAGUGCAGCAGGGCGCAGCAGUGCAGCAGGGUGCAGCAGUGCAGCAGGGCGCAGCAGUGCAGCAGGGUGCAGCAGUGCAGCAGGGCGCAGCAGUGCAGCAGGGUGCAGCAGUGCAGCAGGGUGCAGCAGUGCAGCAGGGCGCAGCAGUGCAGCAGGAUGCAGCAGUGCAGCAGGGCGCAGCAGUGCAGCAGGGUGCAGCAGUGCAGCAGGGCGCAGCAGAUUGCAGCAGCAGGGGAGAAGCAGCGAGCGGGCAGGGGGGGAUGGAGGAGCAGGGAUUGAGGCUGACGGAUGGGCAGCAGGGGGAAGGGGGUGAGUGCAGCUGCGUCCAGGAGUCAGAUGCGCGGAGGGAGCACGACAGCACGCCGUCAGCGUGCUCUCAGCAGCACCACAGCACCACGCAUCCUCCCUCGCUUGCGCCCGCCUCCUCUCAUGCGUGCACUCAGCAGCCCCCCUCGCCCGUGGCUGCGACUGCACAGGCGUGUGACACGCUGCUGCAGUGGCCGCUCUCAGGCACGACCGUCAGCCUCCUCGCAUGCCUUGCAUGUGGUCACCAGUUCGCCAGCAGCGUGCAGCCGUGCACCGACAUCUCGCUCCCUCUCCCACCCUCCUCCUUGCACGGCUUGUCGCUCACCUCCUUGCUGCGCAGCUACACGGCACCAGAGCAGGUGUCGGACGUCACAUGCCCCAGGUGCUGCCACGUGGCAGCAGCUGGGAUGGUGAGAUCUGCCAUGGCACUGCAGGCGCAGCAGGAGAAUGAGCAACAGAGGCAUGAGGAAACACGCCCUGAUACUGCCGAUGCUGAUGCUGGCACACGUGCCAAUGCAGAGAUGGGUAUGCAUCCGGAGGGGCAUGGACAAGCAGCAAGGGACGCACAUGGCAAUGCGCAUGCACAGGGGACUGGAGCACCAGUUGCCUCUUUGCUGCUGUGCGAAGCUGGUGUGGCACCGGCAAGCAGCGCUGUGGAUGUGGCAUCUGCAGCAGUGGGGGAGGGGAGACCAGUUGAGCUCAGGGAUGGGGGGAACGGAGAGUCCUAUGAGCACACGAGCAGGCGACAAGAGGAGAUGAAGGCGCUGCUGGCUGUCCUGCAGGCAUGCACGGCCGCUGACAGCAGUGCCUGUCGCUGCCCCGCCCGUGUGAGAGUGCUGCUUCCCGCCCGCCCGUGGCCGUGUGUGAGGCGCCCUGCUCUCAAGCGCCUGCUGCUCGCACGCCUGCCACAGGUGGCGUGCAUUCAGGUGCAGCGAGUGGCGUUCUCCCCCUGGGGCGCGCUGCACAAGGCGCAU